CCUACGCUACACAAGCCCAGUAUAAUGGCUCAUGUUGUCCGUGUACUGAAAGGAGAAAAAACUCUUCGCAUGCACUAUGCUAAUUGCAGUACCUAUAAUGCCGAUUUUGACGGUGAUGAAAUGAAUGUCCACUUUCCACAAGAUGAAAUUUCUCGUGCUGAAGCAUAUAACAUUGUAAAUGCUAACGAACAGUACAUUGUUCCGACUAAGGGAGAUACAGUUAGAGGCCUGAUUCAGGAUCAUAUUGUAGGUGCAGUGCUUCUUACCAUGAAGAAUACUUUUUUAACCCUUCAAGAGUUCAACCAGCUUCUGUAUGGAUCUGGUGUGUUUGCUGCUGGGCCUGGUUCAACUUCUGGAAAUCAUUCAAAUAAAGUUUCUGUAGUAGAUUCUGAAGGUGUUGUACAAACUAUCUUGCCUGCUGUCUGGAAACCAAAGCCUCUUUGGACAGGGAAGCAGGUCAUCACUGCAUUACUAAAUCAUCUGACAAAGGGUAGUCCACCUUGUACCGUGAAAAACAAAGGGAAAAUUCCAUAUCCGUAUUUCCUGAGCCAGAGUCGCCUAGCUGAGUAUCAGUCAAGAGAAGAAGAAGAAGAUAGAACCGCUGAAAAUAAGUUCUUAAUUUGGAAAAAUGAGCUUGUGCGUGGUGUAAUUGACAAGGCUCAGUUUGGAAAAUUUGGUUUAGUUCAUACAAUUCAGGAGCUUUAUGGGGCCAACAAAGCAGGGAUUUUACUUUCUGCUCUGAGUCGUUUAUUUACUAUUUUCUUGCAGCUUCAUGGGUUCACUUGUGGUAUUGAUGAUCUUGUCAUCUUACCACAUUACGAUAUUCGGAGGAAGGAGGAACUUGAAGGAGGGGAUGUUGGAGAGGACGCUCAUUGUGAUUUUGUGAAGUUCAAGCCUGGAGAAAUAGGCCCUUUGGAGCUCCAACUAGAAAUUGAGAAAGCCAUAAGCGGCAAUAAAGAAGCUGCCACAGCAGCCUUAGAUAUGAAGAUGAAAAAUAAACUGGCAAAUAAAGGCUCACAAUUUAAUAAAGAGUUGCUGCUAAAGGGAUUGCUGAAACCUUUUCCCAGAAACUGCAUUGCCCUUAUGACCAUUACUGGGGCAAAGGGGAGUACGGUUAAUUUUCAACAAAUUUCCUCUUAUCUGGGCCAACAAGAGUUGGAAGGAAAACGAGUGCCACGAAUGGUUUCUGGAAAGACAUUGCCCUGUUUUCCACCAUGGGAUUUUGCUUCUAGGGCAGGAGGCUAUGUCAGUGAUCGAUUUCUUUCUGGACUUCGUCCCCAGGAGUACUACUUUCAUUGCAUGGCUGGUCGUGAAGGAUUAGUUGAUACUGCUGUCAAAACAUCUCGCAGUGGAUAUCUACAAAGGUGCUUGAUAAAAAAUCUGGAAUCUCUUAAAGUCUGUUAUGAUUAUACUGUCCGUGAUGCAGAUGGUUCAAUUAUCCAAUUUUAUUAUGGAGAAGACGGUGUUGAUGUACAUCGAACAAGUUUUCUCAAAAACUUCAAAGCACUGAAAGAUAAUCAAGAAACUAUUUGCCAAAAGUUGCGGCAAGGACGGAAGCUCAAUUCCUAUAUUGAAAGGUUGCCUGAUGGCCUGGAAGAAAAAGUGAAGCAAUUCUGGGGGAAAAAAACAAAAAAGUUAGAGAAGAAACUAGAGAAGCGAGUGAAGAAGGAAGAGAUAUCGAAGCAACUGAAAAAGGAGGAGGUGGACUUUCUAGAAUUAGUGGGACAAAAAUACUUCUCAAGUUUGGCAGAUUCAGGAGAGCCAGUUGGUGUCCUUGCUGGUCAGUCUGUAGGUGAACCGUCAACCCAGAUGACAUUGAACACUUUUCAUCUUGCCGGCCGUGGAGAAAUGAAUGUCACUCUUGGAAUUCCACGUCUUCAGGAGAUUCUGAUGACUGCCUCUGAUGCUAUUAAGACUCCCAUCAUGACGUGCCCCUUCCUUGGCUGGAAAUCAAAGGAUGAUGCCCAGUCUCUUUUGGCCGAAGUGAAGAAGAUCACUGUCGCUGAUAUGAUUGAGAGUAUGGAAGUUAAUCUUUUGCCACUGUCAAUAUACAACCAUCAAGUUUCUCAACUUUACAAGCUCACAGUUAAGCUGAAAGAGCACGAGUUUGUGUCAUCAGAAGAUUGUGAUUAUACCCUAAAAUAUGUGUUCUUAAGGGAGUUGGAGGAUGCAAUAGAAAGUCAUUUGGCCUUGCUCUCUAAAAUUAAUGGUAUAAAGAACUUCAAGUCAAGCUCAGACUCAGUGGCUUCACAUGAGACUGAAGAAAAUGCUUCCAGCACCAGAUAUGAAGAACAUAUGCUGGAUGAUGAUGAUGAAGCUGAGGACGAAAGAACUGAAGAAGAUCUUAGUUCAGAUGCACAAAAAAGAAAACAGCAAACCACUGAUGAGAUGGAUUAUGAUGAUGGUCCUGAAGAUGAAGCUAGUGAAGCUGAGACCACUGCUGAAGUUGAAGAUGAGAAAAGUGACCAAACACAUGAGAUUGGAAAUAGGGAUGAAGAGGAAACUGGAGACCAUGGCAAUGAAGAGCAAACAUCUAAAUUGUACUCUGAGGAAUCAAAUAUCAAAACAGCUAAGUCGAAGACCAAAACAACUGUCCAACAGAAGAAAAAGAAGGAAACACGUAGCAAAAAGGAUUCAGACAGGUCUGUCUUUAUUGCUGUGGAGGGACUGCAUUUUGAGGUCCACUUUAGAUUCGUCAAUGAACCUCAUAUCUUGUUAGCUCAGGUUGCCCAAAAGACUGCAAAGAAAGUGUAUAUUAAGAACGCCGGUAAAAUCGACCAAUGCAGAAUGGUCAAGUAUGAUGUUAGUGAAAAUACUGUGAUGUGGGAUGAAAAGCAAACAAAGAAUCAAAGCCAAGACACUGAUUCUGCUUAUUGGGCCCUAAAAGCAGCUGGAGUGGAUUUUGGUACCUUUUGGGAAAUGCAAGAUGACCUUGAUGUUAAUCGAAUAUACACAAAUAAUAUUCGCUCUAUGUUGAAUACUUAUGGAGUUGAAGCUGCCCGGGCAGCAAUCAUACGAGAGGUUAAGACUGUUUUUGGAAUAUAUGGGGUUGAGAUUGAUUUCCGACAUUUGAGCCUAAUAGCUGACUACAUGACUCAUACGGGUGGAUACCAGCCAAUGAGCAGACAUGGAAGCAUAUCCGAGUCUUUGUCACCGUUCCUUAAAAUGUCUUUUGAAACGGCAUCCAAAUUCAUAGUUGAAGCAGCGUCUCAUGGUUUGACUGACAACUUGGAGACACCAUCCUCCAGAAUUUGCCUAGGGUUGCCGGUGAAAAUGGGUACCGGUUGUUUUGACAUAAUGCAGAAGCUAGAUAUUUGAUGUAACAAGCAUAUGCAAUUAUUAUUCGCAGUGUUUUCAAUAUAAUUAUUUAUUGGUAUUUUCA